ACAUUAUUGAAACUUCCAAUAUCCGCCAAAAAAAUGUCGAUAACAUUCCCAAGAUAAUCAAAAAUUUUGAAGAGUGUAAUAUUACAAAUAGAAUGUCGAAUUUCACAGAUUAUAUUGCACGGUAUAACAACUUGCAAUCUUAAUCAUCGAGCUAUUCCAACGAAUUCCAUUUUUUUUUAAUUUUCCAGUACGAUAAAUUGCCGAACGAAAAUGGUAAAACUAUCGCUUGCAAUCAGUCGGAUUUCGGAAAGCACCGAAAUGCAUUUUAUACUGUUCCUGAUUUUUUUCCUGCGCGCCCGCUCUAACGCCAUGUGUUGCUAUGGACCGAACAAUCGAUCAGUCGAUUGGUUUGUCAUAUACAAAAUUCCGCAAUUGAAAGAUUCCAAUAAUCUCGUAGAAACGGGAUUAGCUUACAUCUACAUGACGUCCCAUGUUCAAAAAUGGGUCUACCCGGAUGUAUCGAUCAACGAUAAAGCCACAUCGAUGUUAUGGACAACGCUAUCUAGAUUAGAUUCGGAUAAAAAUUACCUCUUCUACAACGACGAACCCCCCUACGUGAUCGGAAACCCGAAGCCUCGAGGCAUCUCCAAAGGGGUCAUCGGUUUCACCGCGAGCGGAGCCUUCUGGCUGAAGCACUCGGUGCCCCAUUACCCGUUCGUGAACAUCUACGAUGUGCCUUUAAGCGCCGCCAAAACCGGCCACAUGUUCGUUUGCUUGUCCCUCAAAGUCGACGCUUUGGACAACCUUGGGCGGCAAUUUUCGAACCUCAAUCCGAACAUCUACGAUUCGAGGAUCAGCACGUCGAUGAAGAAAUCGGUGCCGAUUUUGUACAAGUCGUUGAAUCGAUUGGACUUACACCGACGACCGUUCAUAAACAACGAGAUAUUUAAAACUAAAAAGAGCGUGACUGUUCUGAGCGUUGCGAAAUCCUUCAAGGCGAAAAAGGAGCUCUACUCCAGCGUGCUGACGAUGUACUUGAAGGAGCACCUCUACGUUGAGGCGUUUCCUACGUACGGUAGACGAUUGGAGCCUCGAUGCUACAAGAAACCCCGGGUGGCCAACAUUCAAAGCGUCAAAAUUGAGAACCCGCGCGUUACCUUCAUGUCGAUGGACGAUUCGUCCAGUUGGGCCUUGACGAAUUCCACGGAUAGUCAUUGGACCUGCUUCGGGGAUCUCCAGCAAACGGACUCGCACGUGCAGGUCAGCGGGGGCGCGAUUUGCUUGGACAACGAAAACGUGCACAAAAAUUUCCAGAAACUGAUCGUGGCGUCGUUGAACUGUCGGCAUCAAUUUUAUUAUACUAGAGGGAGAUCUAAAGAGGUUGUCGAUGGAGAGUAA